UAGAGUAAGUGAUUGUACUGGGCGGGACGAAACACACGAGACUCAUAAAAACUAGAAGACCCUUUUGUUUCUGUCUGUCGUUUCGAGGAUAAGUUGAAAUAGUGGUAAAUAUGGCGGAGGCAGACCGACCAGGGAAGCUGUUCAUCGGUGGCCUCAACACUGAAACUAGCGAGAAAGUCCUUGAAGCAUAUUUCAGCAAAUUCGGCAGAAUAGCAGAAGUUCUGUUGAUGAAGGAUCGUGAAACAAACAAAUCUAGAGGUUUCGCCUUUGUAACUUACGAUAAUCCGGGUGACGCAAAAGAUGCUGCAAGGGAAAUGAAUGGAAAGCCCCUUGAUGGAAAGCCUAUUAAAGUUGAACAGGCCACAAAACCCCAGUUUGAGUCUUCAGGACGUCGCGGUCCACCACCAGUUCAUCCACGGAGUCGUGGCCCUGCCAGAGGUCCACGAGGGUCCAGAGGCGCACCAAGUGGAAUGCGGGGACCGCCAAGCAGAGAACCCUAUUUUAAAGGUAUGUCGUCCAGAGGCCCACCAAUGAAGAGAGGCCCCCCAGUGCGGAAUGGAGGCCCUCCACCCAAGAGAUCUACAUUAUCAGGGCCAAUGGGCAGAUCUCCAGUGUCAAGGGACAGGGAUCCAUAUGGUCCUCCUCCACGCAGAGAAUCACUGAUGUCAAGGAGGGAUGAUGGUCCUCCAUUGCGUGAUGACCACUAUAGUAUUAAAGACAGUUAUUCCAGCCGUGACUACAUGAGCUCACGUGACUCCCGAGACUAUGCUGCUCCACCACGAGAUUACCCAUACCGGGAGUAUCCGAGCCAUUCCAGUUCCAGAGAUAAUUAUGGGUCAGGGUCCAGAGGUUACAGUGAUCGUGAUGGCUAUGGUGGUGGACGAGAGCCCAGGAGUUACAUGGAGCGAUCGAGUACAGGCUCCUAUAGAGACCCAUAUGAUGGUUACGGUAACUCACGCAGCGCCCCACCCUCAAGGGGUCCCCCUCCGUCCUACAGUGGGAGUGGUGGAAGCAGUCGUUAUGACGACUAUGGCAGCAGUUCCCGGGAUGGAUAUGGCAGUCGUGACAGUUAUCCCAGCAGUCGGAGUGACCCAUACUCUGGUAGUCGUGGUGAGCGACCGGGUAGGCAAGAGCGAGGACCACCUCCCCCACUCAAUCGAGGCUAUCCUCCUCGUGAAUACAGAAGCUCAAGCCGUGGGGCGCCCCGGGGUGGUGGACGCCGAGGCGGUCGCGCAGAUAGAGGAAUGGGCAGGAGCCGAUACUAAAAUGGAUUCUGGUGGAAUAAUAAUGUACAAAUUCUUUCGUUGAGACGUUCAAAAACUUCACACACAAAAAAAGCGUCCUUUUAAACUCUGGAUUUUGAGCUUCAGUUUCAAGCUGUACCCAAAGUUGUGAAGGUUUUUUUUUUUCCCUCCCCUUUAAAUGCAAAGUUUCUUUCCCCAUGCCCAUAUCCUAUUUAAUGGUACUGUUGCAAAUUGAAGUGUGUUCAUUUUUUGUAUACUAGUGAUGUUAAACCUGCAAUGCCCUGAAGUAUGGCUUUCAUUUACCAAUAAAGUGUUUUUAUUCAAA